UUCUUUUUGGGGUAUGAUAUGUAAACGUGCAAAUCAAGCUAUCUCACAAGUUAUUAAUUUUUAUUAAUUACUAUUUCAUUCACCUAUUGUAAUCUUUUAAUUGUGUAAUGUAGAACAGAUUAUUAGCAUUAUUAGAUUUAUUCUAGUUUAAUAUAAAAAUGAUGUAUAGACAUCCUGUGGAAUCGUUAUUUCCUGAUGCGUCAGGCGCUUUCGGUAGAUACGGAAUCUGUUAUCGCGGAUUUACUAGAAGGAAGUCGAGUUCCUUUCUACCAGUUAUUGCAUGUCGUCCGACAGACUAAACAGUGCAUACGAACACAAUACAAAAUGUUUCGACAAAAAUGUAAUUCUCUUAUUAUUUCAUCAUUUAAAUUGACUUGUAGUGACUGAAGUGCAAACUGUCUUCAAAUAAAGGAAAGUGAUUUGUUCACGCGGAUUAUUUUAUUUAAAUGUAUAGUGCAUUGCACGAUGGGCAGGACUGUAUCAUUAGAGCCCACUCGGUGAAAAUUUUGUUGAAGUGACACUAUAUGAAAUAACGUAAUUAAUUAGAUAUAUAAUAUUUAGUUUGUUAUGUUGUUUAAUCUACUUCCAUUUUGAUACUCGUUAGUCUUACGAAGAGCUGCAUAUUUUCAUUAACAAUGAAAAAAGCGUCAAUGAAUGCACUAAUUAUCUUCGCGUUCUUUAUCUUCGCGAGUCAGAUGUUGCAUAUUUUCGGAAAAGUUACCGUAUUGCGUGGAUCGUUAUUUUCGUACAAUCCCAGCAAAGUGAAAUUGAUAUGCCUCUCAGAGGAUGAUGGCGGAGCUCUUGUGUGGAACUACAAUUUAAUCUGGCAAUAUUAUAAUGCAGAAGAAAACGAUUUUAAGUUUCAGGAUUUAAAUAAAUUCAUAAAUAAUGAGAUAGAUUGCAAAAUGAACGCGAACGAAAAUUGCUUGGAGUCAUGGACUAAAAACAACUGGAGUUUUACAAAUUCUUUUAAAACACCUAUGGGUCCGGUAUUCGAUCAACGAUGGGAAGAAUUUAAACAAUAUAACACUCUUCAAGAUACCUAUAAUGAUGUAAAUUUUGAUUUAACUACCGAUGUAAAGGUCUCAUUUUCGGUUCGUGUAUCCCGCGAUGUACACAUAAUAAUUUGCAACGGCAAAAAUUAUAACAGAGAUCCUUGCUAUUGGAUUAUAAUAGGAGGUUGGGGCAACACAAAGUCCGUCAUACGAAAAUGUGUGAAGGGAGUGCCAAUACCUGGAGAAUAUCCCAAAAAAGGUUCAGAUUGCGUUAAAGCACUAGACUGCAUCGAGCACAUACCAUUGUCUGAAAGUGAAUGGAGAUCGUUUAUUAUUACAUGGAACUCUGCGAUGAGAAAAAUAAUUGUUUAUGAUACUGAUAAGAUUAUUAUGACUUAUACAGACGAGGAAAGAAAUAGCUUACACUCACAUAAUAAUUAUUACAUGUUCAUUAGAAGUCCCACAACGAUGUUAUAUCGAUUUCAUAUAUAUGACUUUCUGCAUACAACUGUCGAGAGUGCAGUCUUAACAAGUCCCGCCUUCCAAUUUAAUAACAAAAUGAUAUGCGUACAAUUGUUAGUUGGUCUCUGCAUCGAAUGCGAUGCACAUAUAGUGUUGCGUGAUUUCACUAACGAUAAAGAAUUGGUAAUGGUAAUAGUAAAAGGAACAUCGAGAACCAGGGUUCAUAAUUUACCUAUGUGGCAAUCUGUUAAAAUCACGACAAAUAUUUCAGCAACCGAUUAUAAUAGUUAUAAUAAGGUUAUAAUUCAACUGAUUCCUAAACUCAAUGAGCAAAGCUUGAAUCCGUUAUGGGCGAUAGCGAACGUUCGUGAAUGCCCCCAAAAUGAAGCUUUGAGAAAAGGUGCUAUGAUUACUAAUCAAGAUUGGUACGAUUCUCACUAUUUUUGGCCGAAUGUGACAUGUCAAAAAAUAUUUUAUCAUGAACGCACUGUUGUGAAUCCUUUAUCGCGCGUUAAACCGGAUAUAAAUCUAGAUGACGUAAAUUGUCCUGAAGGAAAAAUUGGACCGCAAUGUUUGUCUUCCUGUGAAUAUGACCUACAUAGUUACUAUGAUUGUCGAGAAACCGAAAUUUGUUACGAAAAUGGUUGUACGUGUGCUCCGGGUUACUCAGGAGAUACAUGUUCUAUACCUUGUGCAUCGCAUACGUAUGGUCAUGGCUGCAAAGAGACAUGCGGCUCAUGUCUUUACAAACAAUGUAAUAAAGUAACUGGAGUUUGUCCUAAUGGUUGCGACAUUGCUAGAGGAAUUUACAUACCACCUUUAUGUCAAACAAGCGUAGACAAACCUAAUGUAUCUACGAUCUUUACAAACGAGACGACCAUUUUGGCUACAGUCCCUAUAACAUGGAAGGACGAAUAUGAAAAAAUAUCGAUUUUAUAUUCUUUUUUCAUUCAAGAACAAAUAGAAUAUCAGCAAUCGUGGAACAAACUAUUUCGAAAUAUGACACAAUUGACAACUUAUUUUGAGAAUGUAAAACCUGGAACUACGUAUCAUGUCGGUAUCAGCUUAGAUAUUGCUGGUGUGCAAGUAUAUAGUGAUUGGCAAGUAGCCGAAACUAAGUGCAAUCCGGCUGAAAACUUUGAUGUAACUUCCGAAGAAAAUGGCAUGAUAAUUGACUGGCAAAUCAAUUCAAACCAAUUAUAUUCAUGUCCGGCAAAUUGGUAUUUGCUGAAAGUACGCAAUAUAGAAAUGAGUGAGAACAUACUUUAUAAAUCAGCUUCGUUUUUCCCAUAUAAAUUGCAAGAUUUGCCGUCAUACACUUCUUUUGAUGUGACCAUAUUUCAUAAUAAUAAAAAAUUAUUUUCGAAGGAAAUUCGUACACUUGAAGGUGUUCCAUCUAAUGUGGUAGAUCUGACAAAAAUGUUAUCAGCUAAUACAAAUCUCACUCUAAUUUGGAGGCCUCCAAAUAAACCGAACGGAGAAAUUGUUCAAUAUGAAAUAAUAUUGAAGGUUAUAGAAUACUACGGUUGUAAGGAUUUAAAAUUACCUACGCCGAAUAAUCACAUUAUUACAAAAUUUACAACAGAGCCAACGAUCACAAUUCCAGACUUACAUCCAUACACAUUGUAUAGUGCGCAGGUUAUAGUUCAUAACUCACGACAUUCCAGCGCAAUUGCAGAGACAAUCUUUAAUACAAUACAAUCUGAGAUACCAUCAGAAGUAUUUAGUCAGUUGAGAGUAGAAGGUUGGAACUUGUUAUGGCGUCCGCCCGAAGAUUGCACUACAAUUUCAGGACCAUUAAUAGCGAGAAUAAAAAUACACGGUAUUAGCAACGUUGUUCAAAACUACAACCUGACGAAGCAGACUCAAAACAGUAAACUCGAGUUAAAUCAAUUAAAUCCUUUUGAACGAUAUAUGGCAACAGUUUAUGUAAUAAGAAAGUAUGGGAGCAAAGAAAAUGCAUCCGCUUAUCAACAAUGCGAGUUUGAAACUCCGCCGGCAGCGCCGCCCAGAGUAACAAAUUUUGAGGUUGUCGAGAUUGAUACUCGUCAAACGCCUGCUAUGAUACACCUAAGAUGGCAAAGUCCACUUCCACCUCUCAAUGGAAUAUUGCGUAAUUAUGAUGUCCAGUUUUGUAACAAAAAUAGCCGGUAUUGCUCAGUUGUUCAAGUUCAAAUCAAUGAGUCUUGUGACUUGUGGGAUGAUUACAUAUGUAAAUUAUGUAAAAUUGUUAAAAAAUUUCCUGAAAUUAAGGUUGUAGCGUACAAUGUAAACGUUACGCAACCAGGCCUUGCAGUUUUCGCAACUGGCGAUAUGCUUCGUAAUACAACGCCGGACGCACCUGGGAAUUAUACAUUUACAGUCAACAAUAACAGCGUGGUUGAUUUAAAGUGGCUCCAUCCCUGGAAGACAGGUGGUCAUCUGAGGUGUUUUCGUAUACGGAUAAAAGAAACUUCCUCAAACCUGAAAAGGCGCAUUUCCCGAUCGUCCACUGAUGUAAUACUCGAAUACCCAGUGACACAAUACAUGCGUAACUAUACUAAACAAUUGUACUUAUUGUCGUCAACGCAAUACGUCAUCUAUAUUCAAGCUGUGACAGUUGAAUACAAGUCUAGCAGAGAAAAUUUUGUGGAAAUCCAUACGCCUUCAACCGCAGUCUUUGAAGGCGCUCUAAAAGUUAUGGUAGACAAAUUCGAUUCCACGAUUUUAUUAAAUAUACCGUCUGUCUUAAACGACACUCAAGACAGCACGAUGCACAUCAUUGUAAAGGGUCCUAAUCUCUGCGAGCAAUAUUCGGAAGUACCUGAGAAUCUGCGAGCGCUAGCAGGCGUGAAGAUGGACGAAAUCGCUUGGCAAGCUGCACAAGUUUCGACCAGAGAACUCGCUGGCAUGCGAUUUAGUAUCGGCGACAAUAAAAUUUACGGCAAUGUGAGGAAUUGUCCCUUAAAACCUGAAGAGUCUUAUGACAUAGCGAUUAUCGUAACCGAACAAAAUUCGUCUACCGCGCCAAUCAUUCUUACGAAAUCCGACAUCCCCGUCGGUGAGGUUCCGCCGAAACAUCACGAAUUGUGGAUCAUACCCAUUAUAUUAUUCCUCGUUGUGGCAGGCGCAGUUUAUUACCUGUAUCAAAGAAAAAGGGAAAAAUUGUCUAAGCAGCUAAUGCAAGACGAGAUGGUUUUGUCACAGAAUAUCGAGAACUACGAACAAGAAACAAAGUACGUGAUAUCGAAUUCAAAGCAAGAUUUGUCAACUCCUUCUGACAGACAAUCUCUAUCGCGGGCAACCACUCCGGAAGUGCUGCCGAUCGCCAUCGCGAAGAAUGACGAAAAGGGAGAAGAAAUAACAUCGCUAGUAAAGGUGAAAGAUUUCGAAGAUUAUGUAAGACAGACGAUACAAUCAGGAUUACUCGAUAAGCAGUACGAGACGUUCCCAAGAGGGCAAACUCGGCCAUGGGAUUAUGGGAAAUUGCCGCAGAAUAAAUCUAAGAAUCGAUACGGAAAUCUUAUUGCAUAUGACGAAACGCGCGUGGUAUUGAAGAAACUUCCGGAUGACGCUCACUCCGAUUACAUCAACGCUAAUUACAUCACCGGCUAUAAAAAGGAGAAACGUUACAUAGCGACACAAGGACCCAAACCCAACACCGUCAUCGAUUUCUGGCGCAUGAUUUGGCAGGAAAACGUUCUUAUUAUUUGCAUGUUGGCAAAUGUGAUCGAAAGUGGGAAAACAAAGUGCGAGCAAUAUUGGCCGGAUAUUGGCAAAAAGAAGAAAUACGGCGACAUUAUUGUGCUAAACGCGAAGCACAAUGUCUUCGCUGAUUAUUGCUUUAGAACUUUCAACGUCACUUGUGGAGAGGAAACACGAAAGAUAGAACAUCUACAUUAUACUGCUUGGCCGGACCAUGGCGUGCCGUUAUACACGCACUCCGUAGUCACAUACUUGAAGAAACUGUUGGCGACACCACCUGGAAACGGACCCGUGGUGGUCCAUUGCAGUGCUGGCGUUGGAAGAACCGGGACUAUUAUUUUGUGUGACAUUUGCCUCCAUCGAGCAGCGGCAGAGGGGGUGGUCGAUGUUUUUGCCGAAACGGCGUCUAUUAGAAACGAAAGAGCUAAUAUGGUGGAUAAUAAACAGCAAUAUCUGCUAGCGCAUUUGGCAUUAGUGGAAUGUUUGCUUUCGGUUCCAACCACAUUGCCGUGUAACGAGACGUUGCUGACACGAAUCAAAGAGUUAAAGAAACAUUUACCUGUUCAACAGCAAAGAUUACAGAACACUGCGUGGCAAGACGAAGCCUUGCGACCAGUCACGUCUCCACCGUCGUUGUCGGAGCGUAAUCGAGCCAAAAACAGAUUUCCGGAAUUAAUUUCAGAUAAGGUCAGCAGAAUAUAUUUAAAGAGAUACCCGACAUCGGACGAGGACAGCGAUUAUCUAUCUGCCGUUUACGUAGACGGAGUAAAACUUCAGAAUCAGUAUCUAGCCACGCAGCUUCCCAUGCCAUCUACGAUUAAUGAUUUCUGGCGGAUGAUUGCCGAGUUCAAAGUUGAACUUAUUCUCAUGCUGCAGCCGCCUGAUUUUCAGGAUUCUACUUGCUGCGCCAUCGCUCCCGCAAGCGGCGAGUUUAAACCAAUCCCAUAUUUGAAUAUCACAGUGAAGGAAGCUGUGGAGUUGGAAUACUAUACGUCACAAAAAUUGUUGCUCGUUGAUAAUUCGGAGAAACCUUCGAGAGAUCAAUCUGUUACUAUCUUGUGUUUGACGGAGUGGAAACCUGGAAGGGAUCAACCACCACCGCCGGUUAUGACGAUGGUGACCUUUUGGCAAGCUGCGGAGAGAAUUGCUAGAGGCGAUGGGCCCACUGUCACGCUUUGCCAUGAUGGAGUAACUGGAUGUGGUCUUUAUCUGGCACUGAGUUUUCUGUUGGAACGAAUGGCCGUCGAAAGAGAAUGCGAUGUUUGUUUGGCGGUGCGAGCUGUUAGACGAUCGAGAUCAGAUUUUGUUCGUUCUCUGGAACAUCUGGAAUAUCUAUACGAUGCUGCAGUUACAUAUUUGGAGUACUUUGAAACCUAUGCGAAUUUUUCGUAAAAUAAAAGUAAGUUAUCAAGAUAAAAUAAUGCAGCAGCGUUACAUUGUAGUAGAAAGUCGAAUGCAGUUAAUAUUUAUAGCUAUAUAUUAUUAAAUACUGAUAUAUGUGUAUUAAAUA